AUGCCACGCUGCAGGCCUGCGGUAGGCACCUCCAGCACAGCCAUGGUUAACGACCAGGCUGAGUCUGUGUUUGGGAAGGAAGUGAUUGCUACCUAUGGAUUAUCUGGAAAAAUUGGAAAUGCCAAUAAAGGAACUUCAGCAAAGCUGGUCCUUGAUGAGGGAAAAGUCAAACUGAUAAUUGUUAAGACCGAGCCUAAGAACAACAGUGAGACUGACUACCACAGAAGGCAGCACUGGACAGCCAUGCAGGCGAAGUUCUCCCCAGUUAAGACAGGACCUGUAAACAACAGUGAGACUGACUACCACAGAAGGCAGCACUGGACAGCCAUGCAGGUGAAGCGCCGCACCCCUACCUCUCUCGUCGGCUUUAGCAACCCCACCCCCGUCAGCGCAGCACCCCGCCUCUCCGUCGGCGCAGCACCCACCUCUCCGUCGGCUUUAGCAACCCCACCCCGUCAGCGCAGCACCCCACCUCUCCCGUCGUCUUUAGCAACCCACCCCCGUCAGCGCAGCACCCCACCUCUCCCGUGGCUUAGCAACCCCACCCUCGUCAGCGCAGCACCCCCACCUCUCCCCAACCCCACCCCCGUCAGCGUAGCACCCCACCUCUCCCGUCGGCUUUGCAACCCCACCCCGUCAGCGAGCACCCCCACCUCUCCCGUCGUCUUUAGCAACCCCACCCCCGUCAGCGCAGACCCCCAACCCCCCGUCGGCUUUAGCAACCCCACCCUCCAACCCCACCCCGUCAGUGCAGACCCCCAACCCCCCGUCGGCUUUAACAACCCCACCCCGUCAGCCAGCACCCCCACCUCUCUCGUCGUCUUUAACAACCCCACCCCCGUCAGCGCAGCACCCCCAACCCUCCCUGUCGGCUUUAACAACCCCACCCCCGUCAGCGCAGCACCCCCAACCCCCCUGUCGGCUUUAACAACCCCACCCCCGUCAGCGCAGAACCCCCACCUCUCCCGUCUCUUUAGCAACCCCACCCCCCGCAGCACCCCCACCUCUCCCGUCAUCUUUAGCAACCCCCACCCCCGUCAGCGUAGGCACCCCCACCUCUCCCGUCGGCUUAGCAACCCCACCCUCGUCAGCGUAGCACCCCCAACCCCCCGUCGGCUUUACAACCCCACCCCCGUCAGCGCAGCACCCCCACCUUCUCUCGUCGGCUUUAAACACCCCACCCCCGUCAGCGCAGCACCCCCACCUCUCCCGUCGUCUUUAGCAACCCCACCCCGUCAGCGUAGCACCCCCACCUCUCCCGUCGGCUUUAGCACCCACCCCCCGUCAGCGCAGCACCCCCACCUCUCCCGUCGUCUUAGCAACCCCACCCCCCAACCCCACCCCCGUCAGCGUAGCACCCCCAACCCCCCUCGUCGCUUUAGCAAACCCACCCCCGUCAGCGCAGCACCCCCACCUCUUCCCGUCGGCUUUAGCAACCCCACCCCCCAACCCCACCCCCGUCAGCGCAGCACCCCCAACCCCCCGUCGGCUUUAAACAACCCCACCCCGUCAGCGCAGAACCCCACCCUUCCCGUCGUCUUUAGCAACCCCACCCCGUCAGCGCAGCACCCCCAACCCCCCGUCGGCUUUAACAACCCCACCCCGUGCAGCGCAGCACCCCCACCUCUCCCGUCGUCUUUAGCAACCCCACCCCCGUCAGCCAACCACCACCCCGUCAGCGCAGCACCCCCACCUCUCCCGUCGGCUUUAGCAACCCACCCCCGUCAGCGCAGCACCCCCAACCCCCCCCGUCGGCUUUUAGCAACCCCCACCCCGUCAGCGCAGCACCCCCAACCCCCCGUCGGCUUUAGCAACCCCACCCCCCGCAGCACCCCCACCUCUCCCGUCGUCUUUAGCAACCCCACCCCCGUCAGCGUAGCACCCCCACCUCUCCCGUCGGCUUUAGCAACCCCACCCCUGUCAGCCAACCCCACCCUCGUCAGCGCAGCACCCCCCACCUUUCCCGUCGGCUUUAGCAACCCCACCCCCGUCAGCGUAGCACCCCCACCUUUCCCGUCGGCUUUAGCAACCCCACCCCCGUCAGCGCAGCACCCCCACCUUCUCCCGUCGGCUUUAGCAACCCCACCCCCGUCAGCGCAGCACCCCCAACCCUCCCGGCGGCUUUAA